UGUAAUUUAUUCGGUAUAUAAGUUUAAUAUUAUUAAAAUAGAAAUUUAGAACGAUGAAUGUCGAAAGAACGUUCCAAUUUAACUCUACACAACAUACUCCGAAGAAUAAACGCACAAGGCAACUACUCACAAGAGAAGAUACUUUGAACAUUUCGCCAAUUCUCAACGAAACAUCCAUAUUUAAAACAUUGAAUGAUACAAGUUUGAGACAAGUUUUAGAUGAGUCGUCAAUCCUGUUGGGUAAGGGCAACGCUGGAGACGGGCUAACCGAAGCCUUUUUUGAGAUUAUACAGUCGAGCCGCCCAAGUCACGUACUGGAUACGUUAGCGAGGUUAGCCCAAGUCUGCUGUGACUCAUUAGAGCUCGUUGAUCCCUGGAACCGGUACAGCGCGCAAAAUUAUUGGCUAGCGGAGGAAGCCAAUACGUGGAAACUGCUACAUUGUCUAUAUAGCGACUCUAUCUCGGAGCACCCCUCUGCAAUCGAGGAUGUGAUUUUAGCGCCAACAUUAUCACAGCAAGUUUUGGUCGACGGCUUAUUUCAGUGUGAUUCCGAGUUGCGUUUGCUACAACUUCUAGUUGAUUGGCUCGAAGCAACGGCAGCCUAUCAGGAGGAGGCUACUAAAACGGCUGCCCCAGUUAUUGGAAACAAUAUACAGUGGGAAAAUACACUUCACCAGUUACUAUUUGGAGCCAGUUUGUUUAAUAAGGAUUCUAAUAAAGCAAUGAUAACUUGUAUGGACCCGGAUGCCCCGAGGAGACAAAAUAAGUCUAUUCAUUCAAAUGAUCAAAAAGAUGACAAUGAUCUGUGCAAAAGGAUAUUUACCGAGGUUAGAUGUGGCAAAUUCAAGGAAGCUAUUUCACUGUGCAUUAAUGCUGGUCAGGCGUGGCGCGGGGCUGCACUACAAGGUUGGAGGCUCCUACAUUAUACUCCUAACGAGGAGGUCAAUGGAGCCUUAGAAGUUUCUGGAAAUUCCUCCCGAGACUUAUGGAAAUGGUGUGCCCUAGGUAUUGCUAAUAACCCAGCAGAGAAUGUUUAUUACAGAGCAACCAUAGGAGUAUUAUGUGGGCACUUGGCAAGUGCUCUUCCAGCAUGUCAGGGAAAUUGGGAAGACCUACUCUGGGCCCAUUUGAGAGUUCAAAUAGAGACAAGGGUUGAUAAAUUCCUACAUGAACAUCAUCUCACCGCUGAGGCUAACACCACAUCUGCUGAAGUUCUGGAGUUAUUACAAAGUGAACUACAUGUGGAUGAACUGUCACUACAAAAUGUUUUCAGUGCUGUUAAAGCUCUGAUGGAUGGAAAGAGAGAAUCAAACUAUCAAACCUGUCAGAGGCAUUUGAUGCUGGGUAAUGUGAGAAGUGUAAUGCAAGCUUCGCUGCAAUGGUUACACAAUUCAGAAGAAGGUUUCAUAAGAUUCCUGGCACAUUUAACUCUUGUCUUGAGACAGAUGGGCAAAGACCCUCAACAUGACGUUGGAGAUCAGAUUCUGGAAAAAUAUGUUACACAACUCAUCUCUGGAUUGUCUGAAGGAUCCUGCGAAUGGCCUGAGUUGAUAGCUUAUUAUACAUCCACAGUACCAGCUGCUAAGCAAACAGAGCUGUAUGCAGAAUUAAUGGACAAAACCAUAAAGCGUGACCACAAAGAAGGUGUUGUUAAAGCCGGAGUCAUUGCUGGUAUUGAUGUCGCAGCUUCAGCCCGAAUUGCUAUUAAAAAAGCUAUAACUGAUAUCCAAGAAGGUUAUGGGAAUAUAGACAACAGUUGCACCCGUACUACAGCAGUUGAGAAAGAUAAGUCAAUGAUUGCUAAAGGAAUAGCAUCUUUGGAAUGGUUAGCCUUAAUAAAGAACCAACUCCAAGAAGCAUUGUGGCUAAACAAUGAUAUGGUGAGAAUGUUAAUCUUGAUUGGUAACACUGAAGCUGCAAUGUCUUGUAUCAAAAACAUUAGGAACUUGUUUCCUAAUUUCCUCAAUGAUAUUCCAACCAGCACUUCUGAAGUUCGAGAGCAUUUAUGUUUGAAGUCAUAUUUGGAGGCACUGGAAGCUUUUGCAUCCUGGUAUAGACAUUUCAUCAGUGGUCAGCCCAAGGAUGUGGAACCUUUACCCCCAGGAGCUUCAUUUUCAGAUAAAGUACACCAUGAGCAGAGAACUGCACAAGUAGAACAACAGAAGGCUCACUGGAAGAAUGCCAUUCUUCACCAAUCACGCCAUACCAAGAGCCUAUUAUACAAUGUCCUGUUAUUCCCAGGAGGAUGGCUGCAAGACGAAAGUGAUAGCUCAUCAUCACAAAACUUUUCAACUGACGAAAAAGAGGAAAGAUUAAAGCAGUUGGAAUCUCUAAGAAGACUUUGCAUUCCUGAAGUUACAGUUCUAAUUUUAAAAAUCUUGCAAAGUAAUGAUGAUAUUGAUAACCAUAGGGAAGCAUUAAAGAUAAGCCAUUACCUUGCUGCCGAAAAUAGGGGGUUGUAUAAUGUAUUUACUAAAAAUAAACUCCUGGAGGUAUUGGACCGAAUCAAGGAAUCAUCUCUUCUACUUCUGGAGAAGGGUGUUGAUAUGUUUGGAAGUGAAAUGAAUGAAGAUUAAUAAUUCUUUUAAUAAACAGUUUGUAUUUA